AUGUUUCCCGACACCGCUCACUCGCUGUACUGGCCGCCGGAUGUGGCCCGCUACAACAUGGAGGCCCUCGUCUUCCUGUCCUCGGGCUGGCUGAAGACGGCAUGCGUGCUGCUUGCCCUCUUCUGGGUGGCGUUCCGCGCCUACCGCGUGCUCUCCAAGCCCGUCGAAGAGCUCAUCAACCUGCUGGGCCUCGAGGUGCCCGUUGCGCCCCUCGUGUCGCUUGCGGGCAUCAAGGCUGACGGCGUGCUGCUGCACUGGAAACCCCCGGAUCAGCGAUCCUCGGUCGUAAAAUAUGUAAUACGCAUAAAUGGAAUUGACAUUGGCGAUGUCUCGCCCCAAGAAACAUCCGUCACUAUCGAGAACCUACAGCCAGACCACCACUACGUUAUCCGUAUCGUAACACUGAAUACUGCCAACUUUCAAGCCCCCAGCGUCCCAAUCCGCCUCCGAACCCUCCCCACUGAGUCCGAGCAGUUCUACGGUACUGGACCGCAUAAGGAAAUCCGAGAUGGAGCGCAAGGUGACGACUAUAACCCUACGCCUAUCAUCCGGCCGAACAAGAAUCUUGUCGAUUUCAUUGUUCCGUCCAUUACUGCACCAGCCAUGACACGCGAGCACAGUAACAGUGUAUCUCGACACCGACGCUCUGAACCGGGAAGGCGUAAUUCUCCAGCCUCGGGGACAGCGGAGCAGGCACGCGCUGCGCAAGAGGCGGUGGACUCACAAGAGACGAUCAAACAGUUGACGGAAAAACUGGACAGUCUGAGGCGCGAACUGGAGGAUAUGGAGAAGCAGAUCCAGGACGAAGAGCAGGAGUUUGUCACGCAGAAAGCACUUUUGGUCGAGAAACGGGACGAGAAAAGGGCUUCUUUGAAGGAAAAGGAGGACGCUAGCCGCGAUUUGAGAAAGGAAGUGGCGAUUUUGGAACGCGCAAACGCCUCGGCUCAGGCCAAAAGAUCGAAUCAGGAGCGCUUGCUGCAAAAGAAGGAAGCCGAGAGGAAAAAGUUGAAGGAUGACAUGGCCAAGUGGGAACGCGAGGCGGGGGAACUCCGAACUGCUGCUCAAGGUAUUCAAAAAGAACGUACCGAAUACGAGGCAUUGUCAGAGAACCGCAUCAAAGAGCUCAAGGGGAAGCACGAGGAAGAGCUGCAGACAAACAAAAGUCUAGAGGAUGUCAUUCGUGAGAAAGGAAUACAGAUCAAGACUCUUGAAGAGGAAAGGAAACUUUUGGAAGACGGCGAGGAUGUCGGUGAUGCUCAAGACGGUGUUGAGACAGAGGCUGAAGACCGGAGGUGGAUGGAGCUCUACAGCAGCCUCCAGCAACGAUACGCGGAAGCCUGGCAACAAUUCAACGAAGCCGAGCAUAUCAACAAGGAAGCCUCUGCGCGAUUAGCGUACUUACAGCAGCGCCGCAUGAGCCAGCCGCAGGUCAUGUCCGUUACGGCGCCUGAGUUUGUGCCGGCCAGAAGAAACAGUGGCGUGCGCUCGCGACCACUCAGUAUGCGCGAACCGUUGACCUCCGCCAACCUCGGAGGUUUUAUUCCCUCGACGGCAGCACCUUUCAACAGCGGCAUUGCGAGCACUUCCCCUUCAUAUACAAAUCCAACGCCGUACUUCAAUCCUGUCAAUGGCAUGGCUCUUCCUCCACCCAGUGCUCAUGCCUCGUCUUUUUCUCAAGCGGAUAUUGAAAGUCUGACUGGUGGAGCACCAAUGAGUCCGACCGCAGGAGCCCUGCUGCCGUCAGGACUGUUUGGUGAUGGAACGACCGAUGACGGACUGACAGAUGAAGAUGACCCAGGUCCUCCACUUCCAUCGUUAGACCCAUCGCCAAAUCUUCGCCAUAUUUUACCUGGCCUGGGAGCUCCCGGGACAUUGGAACAGGUACAGAGCCCUAGCUCACCUGUAUCUGUGCAAAGCCGUUCUCCUUUCGCCAGUCCCCGCGAGAGUGUUGGCCAGCUAGGCUUCUACCCGAGCAACGAGAAUGCAUUGGACAGCGACAGGCGGUCGAUCCGCUCCACUUCGAGUUCGUUCAAGAACCCUCCCACCACGCGAUUUGGCAGCCUGUUUGGCUUGCACAGACAACGUGGUAAGACAUUCGAUCAAGGGCCGCCUCUAGGUUCCCUGAAGUCAUCCCAAAGUCAAUCUCUUCCUCGACAGGACCACGAGGACUUGGAUCCUAUUGGCACACGACGACGGCGCGGAAGCCAUUCUGGAGGUGCUUGGUACAACGCAUUUAUACCUGGCAAAGCACAGCCUGAGGAGUCCUCGAGUAGCCCGAAACACGUAGCCACGCGAAAGCGGGCAUUCAACAUGUUUGGAACGAAAGGCGACCCUUGGUCGACCUCUACGUUAGGAUCUGAUAGGCCUUCUUCGCCUCGUCAGGGAUCGACCAAAUCGGGCGAAGCCAACGUCUUACCGAGGCCUAGUACGGAGAGCCAGACACGCUUCGGUUGGAAUGUCGAUGCUUUCAAUGCGCGAAGUAGCCCACUUGGCGUGGACUGGAGCAUCAAUAAUACCAACAGUUCUUCCUGGUCACGUAUGCCUUCCCGGCGACCUUCCAUUCAACACGGCUCAACGGUGAGCUUGUUGAACGACGGCCUGCUUCAUGACGAUAUACCUGACUUUCCGUCCACGACACGCUCUCCCACGCAAGCACCCAUCGGGACAAGACCGCAAUCGUCGGCCUCGCACAUGGCGCCUUUUGUACCUCCAACUCCACCCAAAAUGCUCAAUCCGGACGCCCCCACAUUUACAUUCGGGUUUGGAGAUAAGGAUGUAAAGGCGAAGAAGGCAGCUGAGAAGGCUGAGAAGGCCGCGGACAAGGAAGCAAAGAGAGCAGAGAAGAAGGCGGCGAAAGUGGAUAAGUCAUCCCGCAAGCAGUCUACCAUCCCCGAAGUCGCGGUAUCGGAGCAAUCAAGCUCUCCGAUAGCCGCGCGCUUCUCGAGAGAUAAUUACUCCUUAUCCACCGCAGACUAUUCUGAAACCUCUCCACGCGAGUCACUCGACCAGUCCGGCUCUCAGACCACUUCUGAACUACAGCCACCCGCUUCUUUCGGUAAGGAAUCUUUCAUGCAGAAGCUGUCUAGGAAGAGCAGUUCCAGCCAAUUCCUACAGUUCGGCAAGGGUCAAAGGUCUCUUUUUUCCAAGAAGUCCAGUGAGGCGGUUACGCCUGACGAGACUGAUGAAGAUGGCGGUGGACUUUCAGUGAGGACUACGGAUAGCCCUGGAGCAAGUCCGAGUAUUGGAACGCCAAAGGAUAAGAGUAGUGCCCUGAGUUGGAGUUCCAUCAAGCGCAUAGGCAAGAGGGGCGACAAGACGCCCAGCUUGCAUGAGAGCGUCGCAAGUGAGACUACGGGAGACGAGGAUGAGGAAGCAGCUGAAGGACUGGGCGUUGUGACUCAGUGA